UGUUAUCCGAAGACAUCACUGAAUGAGCCAAAGAUGUCGAGCGAAGACCAGUUCAAAGCAGCCGUUAAUGUCAUCAAAAGACUUCCCAAAAAUGGUCCUUUUCAACCAUCGGAUGACUUGAAGCUCAGGUUUUACGCCCUCUUUAAACAGGCGACGGAAGGGCCGAACCAAACGAAAAAACCCCCCUUUUAUGACAUUGUGAACAGAUAUAAAUGGGACGCUUGGAAGCGGUUGGGAGAGAUGGACACACAGACUGCUAUGGACUCAUACAUCGAUGAACUCAAAAAAGUCAUCGAAACCAUGUCUUUCAAUGAAUCGGUUUCCGAGUUUUACGAAGUGUUGGGUCCGUUCCACGAGUUUCUGCCACAAGAGGCCAACGGAUCCGAUGAUAAUUCCAAUGGUUUACAUAAUGAUGACAAUGAAGACAAUGAACUGAAUGUUAAGAAUAAUAUUGAACAGCAAAAGAUGAAAGUCGGAAAGAAAAUUCCCAAAAACCCGUAUAAAGAUAUGUCUCAAACAAAUGGAGACGAUUUGGGAAUUGAUAGCGAAGGCGAAGAAUUCUCCGAUACCUAUGACCACAUCGGAGAGAAUGGAGAGAUUCCUGUGGUUGAGAGGAAUGGAAGUGAUUUCUCGAUUAAGGACAUGGUGUCAGUGCGCGGCGGCAAUGAUAGCAGUAAUCCAAGCGCUCACAUCUCGCCAUCCAAUUCAACAAAUAACAGAAACGUCUCAUCCAUGCGAAGCAAUAACGGCAGGGGUGUUCCGUCGGCACAGGAUUUGCGGCCACACAACUCGAGAGGUGACGGCGGGUCCGGAGGUCACGGCUCUAAUCCACACGACUAUUCCAUUGGUAUUAACGAACAGUUGGCUUUAGCUGUCAUUAGACUUCAGCAGAGUAUGGAUCAAGUGGUGAAUCGACUCGACGCUCUCGAAUCGAUGUUGAGUCGGGAAACUCGGACUAAACCGAGUCCUAAACGUCAAAAGUCAAGCAUUUGGCCGUUUGAAGAGCUAAGACCUCAAACAGCACUCGUACUAAUAGUUUGGCCAUUUGUGGUCCAAUUGAUCGUUCAAUACAUUCAACACAAAAGGCGUAAUAAAUAAGUGAUUUUAAUUUUUUAUUAUAUAAACAGAUCUUUUAUUUUUAAUUAUACAUAUUAAACAAUAAUAAUACAUAUUAUACUUAUAUCAAUGAUUACAACUUUUCUACAUUUCAUCCAUUUAUUGCCUUUUUAUUUUGUUUUUUAAGUUUAUUUUGUUGUUUAAACGUAUGAUAUAUUUUACGGCAAUUAAUUUAUUUGUAUUGCAAUGAAUUGGAGGGGAGGGGAAGAGUCAAUAAAAUUAGUUUUCUGUUCAAUUUAUAAAUUAUAAUAAAGUACUAAAUGUUUAUUUAAAAAGGUUUUAAUAAUUUAUUGAAAAAUGUAGAAAAAAGUGCUUAAAAUAUAUGUUUCAUAAAAUGGGCCCUAA